AUGGCCAGCUCCUCCUCUUCCUCUUUCGAUGCCGCCGCGUCCGCCGCCAGUGGCAGCGACGGCUUCACGUCGAGCUCCGAUCUCCUUCUUGGCUCCUUUGACCCCGCAAAACUUCAUCCACUGGCUGGUCUCGAAGACAAGCUCGACUACCUCCAGCUUGAUGACGACAAAACAACCGACCUCCCAGGCGCGGAGGGUGCCAUUCCCUCGCGGGGUUGGAGCGACGAUCUGGCUUAUGGCACCGGGACGAUGUACCUUUCUGGACUCGCCCUUGGCGGCGUGUGGGGGCUGCGCGAGGGCGCACGGAGACCGCUCGCAGUGUCCAAUGCCCGACUCAGGAUCAACAGCGUUCUCAACUCCGUCACCCGCAGAGGCACCUUCAUUGGCAACUCGGCCGGUUGUCUCGCCCUCGUCUACAACGGUUUCAGCUCCACAAUAGACGCGAUCCGCGGCGAGCACGACAUGUACGGGAGCAUGGCCUCUGGCGCGCUCACUGGCGCUUUGUAUAAGUCAACCGCCGGCGUGAAGCCCGCUCUCGCCGCAGCAACUUUCAUCUCGGCCCUGGCUGGUGUCUGGAGUUAUGUUAAGACUAGAGUCUAG